GAGGAGGAGGAGUUGGAGGCGGCGCUGCUGCUGCUGCUGCCGUCGUAGCUGCUGCCGCGGCGCCACCACAGGCUCGGCCUGCCCCGCUCUUUCCUCCACCCUCCCGGGCGGCCCGCGCGCCGCCUCCUUCCUCAGGCGCAGCACGUUGGAGGAGACCCACAGUGUCAUCUUGUCCAACUCCCUGCAACACAGGAAUCACAGCUGAAGAAUCUCUGGCAGAUGGUCAUCCACCUGUUUUAAGAACCUCCGAUGAAGGAGAGCCCACCAUCUUCCAAGUUCCAUGAUGGCAGAGCUAUUUAUGGAAUGUGAAGAGGAAGAGCUUGAGCCAUGGCAACAGAAAGUGAAACCAAUUGUUGUGGAUGAUGAUGAUGACGAUGAACCCAUAUUUGUCGGGGAGAUCCUGAGCUCCAAACCAUCCAAUACCUAUAUAUUGAACAGAGUCAAUCCCAGUUCACCACGGAUUGGAAUGCAGAAUGGUGCACCAAAAAGAGGUGCUGUGGCUGUUUCUCCAGGGUUUCCCUCUGCAACAAGACCCGUAACUAGUACUCUAGCUGUUCAGCCUCAGCCAAGGGUCAGUAACGUUUCAGGAACCUCUCAGGUCUUGCAGAGACCUCUUUCUGCGUGUUCCUCACUGCAGGAAGCAGCCAAGGCAAGCACUGGAAUAUCUCAGCCUAUCAAUAGAUCUGCCACCACUCAAUCAUUAGCAAGGAACCUCGGCAUACCUGUAAUGGCUCAGUCUCCAUCCAGGCCAGUGGCCACAGUAACAGCACAACCGGUAUCAUUAAAUCGGGUUAUACCAAAUAAUCCUUUGCCUGUAGCUUUCGGUUUAAGGCAAAAUCCAGGAGUAACUCAGUGCCAGAGUGGAUCUGCAGUGACUACAACAGCACCAUGUAUAUAUGCAGUCACAUGCCUGUCCAAGCGUCCUUCCACUUCUGAAGCUCACAGUAUUAAUCCAAAAAAGGCCAAGGCUGAUGAGGCAGUUUCUGGAAGUGAUUCACCUUCAGUUAUAUCUCCAAAUGGCACAUCAUUGCUUCAGAAAGGUAUUGCUUCGAGCAAUGUUAAACAUGGAGCACCUUUUCCACAAGCAUGUCCAAAGUGUAAUAUUCAUUUCAAUCUUUUGGAGCCAUUAAAAAAUCACAUAAAGUAUUGCUGUCCAGAAAUGGCACAUACCUUUCUGGGAAUAACCCAAACAGCCAGUUCAGGGACAUCAACUAAAAUGGCUGAAACUGAAAAAGGAAAACUGAUCAUGUUAGUUAAUGACUUUUAUUACGGCAAACAUGAGGGUAACAUCCAGCAGGUGCGUCAGGAGCAGAAGACACAUACGACCUUCAAGUGUGCCAGCUGCAUGAAGCUUCUCAAAAGCAAUAUCAGGUUUAUGAACCACAUGAAGCAUCACUUGGAGCUGGAGAAACAGAAUAGUGAGAGUUGGGAAAGUCACACCACCUGUCAGCACUGCUACCGUCAGUUUCCAACUCCUUUCCAACUCCAGUGCCACAUUGAAAGCAGCCAUACCCCUCACGAGUCAUCGACUCUAUGUAAAAUAUGUGAACUAUCUUUUGAAACCGAGCAAGUUCUUUUGCAGCACAUGAAGGACAAUCACAAGCCUGGGGAGAUGCCCUACGUCUGCCAGGUGUGCAAUUACAGAUCAUCAGCAUUUUCAGAUGUGGAAAAACACUUUCGAGCUGUUCAUGAAAAUACAAAGAGCCUGCUGUGCCCAUUUUGCCUCAAAGUUAUUAAAGUUGGGGCACCAUAUAUGCAUCAUUUCCUGAGACACCAGAAAAAGGGAGUACAUCGCUGUACCAAGUGUAGACUCCAGUUCUUGACAUGCAAAGAAAAAAUGGAUCACAAAUCUCAGCAUCAUCGGACAUUUAAAAAACCUGCCCAGUUAGAGGGAUUGCCUCCAGGAACCAAAGUUACCAUCAGAGCUUCUGCUGGAUCUCUUCAGCCUGGAUCAGCGACUGCAUCUCCUGUCAUCCCAAGUGCGUCUACUUUACACUUGUCCACCAGUGCAGCUAAAGUGACAAAUGCUAAAACGACUCAGAACAAAACAAAUGCAAAUAAAGUAAAGCCAAAAUUGAAACCAUUGAGUGUACAGAAAAAGCAAGGUCUGGGGACCGUCCACAAUAACAGUAGUAACAGCAGCAGCAGCAGCAGCAGUGGUGGCAACAGCAAAAGAAACAAUAAAAUUGCAAAUACAGCAUUAAAUAAUCUAAGAUGCCCGAAUAUUCAGAAGUGCAUUGAGUGUUAUUCUGAUAUAAGGACAUUCGCCAGCCACUUUCCAGCCUACGUUCGCUGUAGUUUAUGCAGAUACAGCACCAGCUGCAGUAAAGCCUACGUGAAUCACAUGAUGAGUUUUCACAGUGCUCGACAGAGUAAACGAUUUUGGAUUUAUAAGACUCAUUCAGAAGAUCUGAGGGGUGUUACUCUUGUUUGUCUUAAUUGUGAGUUCCUGACUGAUGCUUCCGGCUUGGAUAAUAUGGCUACGCACUUGAACGAAAACCUUACUCAUACUUGUCAAGUGAUUAUCGAAAAUGUUCCCUCGGACUAUCUGGUUGCUGACAACCUUUCUCAGCUGGUUAGUGAUGCAUCAGUGAACAGUGGAAGUGAAGAAACAUCCCAGAAAAUUCCAAGGCUCAGUGCACCUGAAGAGCAAAAAGAGCAAAAAGAAACAUCCAUCUCUGCAAGCCCAGAAAUAGAACACACUACAGAAGAAACAGAUGAAGACCAUCUGGAAAACCAAAGCGAUGAAGCUGCUUUAGAAGUUGAGUGUGAAGAAAGUAAACCGCCUGUUCUAGAAAAGAGCCUUGGUUCAGAGCUUCAGGCCUGCUCAAAUGACUUCACAGGCUCUGUAGAUGGGGGAGAGACAGAGGGCCUUGGAAACCAAAGGGAUGGAAGCCCUUUCACAGCUGAGUUCAAAGAAAAGAUACCUCCAUGUCCAGAAAACACUACUGGCCCAGUGUUCCAAGCAUGCUCAGAAGAUUCUUUGGGAGAAGGGAACUCAGAUGACCUUGCAAAUCAAGGUGAUGAAAAAGGUUCUUUAGCUGCUGAGUGUGAAGAAAAUCCAACAUCUCCAGUUUUAGAAAACUCAAAUAACCCAAUAAACCCUGCAGAAAAAACAGACACAGAGAGCUUUGUAAAUCAAGGAGAUGAAGGUCCUCUACCUGCUGCUGCUUGUGUAGAAAAUAUGCCUAUGUCACCCAUGGAAGACUCCUCCAUUUCAGAACAUCAUAGUUGUUCAAAAGGCUCUACAGAAGAAGGGGACCUUGCGGUUGACCUUGCAAAUCAAGGAGAUGAAGGUCCUCUAGCUGCAGGGUGUGAAGAAAGCACACUGCCUUUGGUUCUAGAAAACUCCUCUGGUUCAGGACUUGACUCAGCCAGCUCAAAUGAUCCUGCAAAAGAAGGGGACACAGGUGCCCUUGCAAAUCAAACUGAUGAAGGCCUUCCUGCUGCUGCUGCUUGUGUAGAAAAUAUACCUGUGUCACCCAUGGAAGACUCCUCCAUUUCAGAACAUCAUAGUUGUUCAAAAGGCUCUACGGGAGAAGGGGACCUUGCGGUUGACCUGGCAAAUCAAGGAGAUGAAGCUCCUCUAGCUGCAGGGUGUGAAGAAGGCACACUGCCUUUGGUUCUAGAAAACUCCUCUGGUUCAGGACUUGACUCAGCCAGCUCAAAUGAUCCUGCAAAAGAAGGGGACACAGGUGCCAUUGCAAAUCAAACUGAUGAAGGCCUUCCUGCUGCUGCUUGUGUAGAAAACAUGCCUAUGUCACCCAUGGAAGACUCCUCCAUUUCAGAACAUCAUACUUGUUCAAAAGGCUCUGCAGGAGAAGGGGACCCUGCAAUUGACCUUGCAAAUCAAGGAGAUGAAGCUCCUUUAGUGGCCAAAUGCAAAGAAGAGAAAUCUCCAUGUCUAGAAAACAUUUCUGAUCCAGGGUUUCAAGCCUGCUCAAAAGACGGUUCAGGACAAGGAGAGACAGGUAACCUUGCAAAUCAAGAUGUUGAAGAAAAUCCAUUGCCUUCAGUUCUUGCAAAUCAAGAAGUUAAAGAAAAUCUAUUGCCUUCAGUUCUAGAAAACUCCAAGUCAGAAUUUGCAGCCUCCUCAAAUGACUCCAUAGACCCUGCGAGCAAAGACACAGAAGGCAGCCUUGCAAAUCAGGACAGUGAAUGUUAUUCAGCAGCUGAGUGUGAAGAAAGUACAUCAACUUUGGUUCAAGGAAACCUCUCUGGUUCAGGACUCUCAGACUGGCCAAAUGAUCCCAUAGAUCCUAUGGAAGAUGAAGAUGCAGAGACUCCUGCAAAUCAAAGUGAUGAAGGUUUAGCUGCCAAGUGUAAAGAAAGUCCAUCAGCUGGAGAAGAAUCCUCCGUUUUAGAACCCCAUGUCUGUGCAAAAGGCUCUGCAGAAGAUGCUUCAAAGGACCAUCUUGAAAAUCAAACUGAUGAGCAUGAAGAAAGUACUUCUGUAUCAGCUGUGAAAGACUCCUGUUCAGGAUCCCAAGCCAGUUCAACUGAGACCUCUUGUGAAAGGACAGAAUCUGAUGAUUUGGGUAAUGGUGAUCAGAUAGAAGAAGGAAAAUCUCCAAAAGAUUCAGAUAAUAAAACCAACUCUUUCCAAAGUUCAAAGGAUGCAGUCUCUGCUGCCGAGACAAAGGUGGCUGAUUUGGAUGAAGCUGAGCUAGAAGACAUAAAUUCUGACCACUCAAAAUUGGCAUCUGAUGAUGUCAGUUUUGAACAGUUUCUGAGGAGAAGUGAACCUGAAUCUGUGAAUUCUGAUGCGAGUGAGCAAGGCAGUGUUCAUCUGGAACCUCUGACACCAUCAGAGGUCCUUGAAUAUGAAGCUACAGAGAUUCUCCAGAAAGGUGGCGUUCCACCUUCAGCAAAGAAGGCUGAGCCAGGUUCUGAACUAGAGGAUUCUGCUGAUUCCGGAGAGAGCAGCCCUGCUAGCUGUGUGGAGUCACCAGUAAGCCAGGCAGAAGAGAGUGAUGAAGCAAGCUGAAGCAGAAUAUUUGCAUCACUUUGAACCAAUUGCUGUGUAUACUCUUACAGGUGCCAAUUGGGAAAGAAAGCGGGGUAACAGAACCAUGGACUAUGUAAUACUGCCGAAGCUCAGCAGUGACAAAUGAGAUAUUAGACCCUCUGAUAUGAAAGAGCUAUCAGAAGCCAGAACCAUUGCCUGCAGUAACCCAACCCAUGAAGCCAAGAGGGAGACAUGUUAUUUAUUUGAUUCAAAGUAAGAUCCCGAUAGGGGCCACAGUCUUUGUAGUACUUGGGGUACCGGUGUUUCUCUAUAAAGGGCAUUUGAUCCACCGUCGCUUGGGUUUGAUGUUGCGUUCCUGUCCCAUCAAGUCAUGCUAGGAAGGAAACUGUGUGAAGGUCUGGCACCUCAGGAUUGAUGUGAUCUUACAUGAUGAUAAGCUUACCUUAAACUUUCAGUGAAAGUGGAAUUAUUAUUAAAAAAGUAAAUAUAGUUGUGAGUUUCCCAGUGUGCAAGGUGUGCAGAAACCUGACACUUUACUUGUUUGAAAUAGGGCAUGUGGUGGCCUCUUGUGUCUUCAUUUUAUUUUUAUUUUUGUUAAUUGGCAGCAGGCCCCCAAAACACAAGGUGGGUGGGAAGAGUUAAAAAACUAAUACGGAAAUGUGUAAACUGUUACAAAAAGAAUAGGACCUGAGAGGCAUUGAUACACUCUUAGUUGAAAUUUAUGUAAAACAAGCAAAGGCGUGGGGGUGGGGGAUGGCAUGAAAAUCAUUUUUAUACAUAGUUAGGUUAAGGAAUGUGUGUGACAUCAUUUAGAGUAGCUUGCCUUUUAAGUAUUAAACUGAAUUAAGUGCUCUAUAUGAACCUUUUCAGAAAGUGAUUUUGAACUUGUUGAGAAUUGUUUUCAAUGGACAUAAAUGUUUUGAACUUCCGGUAGGACAUCAAUGUACAUAUUUUGGAUUAAAUAUUUGCAAGAAAAUAUGAUGAAUUA